ACCACUUAUCAUACUCACCUAACCCUUUUCCCGUACGUCAACUUGUACCUCUAUACCUUCCUCUAAUCACCUUUAUAACACCCAAAAUAUCCAAAGAAAGUUAAAGAAAAACAAGAAAGCCAUAUUCACAUCAUGAAGCUUGUUUGGUCUCCAGAAACUGCCUUGAAAUCAUAUAUAGAUACUGUGAAAUUGAAAUCCGUAAGUAACUUUCAACCUCAACCACAAUGUGAAAAAUUCAAGGAAUCUGGGGUAGCUGAGCUUCUAUCAUCCAUGGCAGCCGGAUGGAACGCGAAAUUCAUCGUCGAAUGUUACUCCUACGGCGGGCCUAUAGCCGCGAGUAUCGGCCUCGCCGUUGCCGCUCGCAACACGGGUGCAAGACAUGUAUGCAUAGUCCCAGAUGAAAAUACAAGGUUACACUACACAAAAGCCCUAGCCGAGAUGGGAGUAUCGCCGCCACCGGAGAUAGUCCGCGGUGAAGCGGAGACGGUGAUCAAAAGCCUCGACGGGCUGGAUUUUCUCGUGGUGGACUGUAGGCUUAGGGAUUUUGCUAGGGUUCUUAAGGUUGCGAAGGUUAGUACACGAGGGGCAGUUUUGGCAUGCAAAAAUGCAUGGCAAAGAUCGAAUUUGUCUUGGUUUAAAUGGAACAUGGUUCUUGAAAGAGGCACACGUGUGGUUAGAUCGGUUUUUUUGCCGGUUGGGAUGGGUUUGGAUAUUGCUUACAUAGGAAGUAGAAAUGGUGGUGGUGGUGGUGGUGGUGCAUCUUCAAGUGGUGGUUCUUCAAAGAAUGCUCCUAGCCGUUGGAUCAAAUGCAUAGAUCAACAAUCAGGAGAAGAACAUCUUUAUAGAGAGAGUAGUUUUUAAUUUGUUAUAAUAUAAUUAAGGGCCUUACUCUCAACUCUUGUGUUUGAAUAUAAAUAAAAUUGUAGGAAUAUGCUUAUUGAUGGACAUAUUUUUGUAUAAAAUUUAGUGUGAUGUAUGAGUUUAGAGAUCGUGUUUUUGACUUAUUUGUUUCUUAGUCGGAUUGGGAUUUUAAGGGAUAUUUUGAAAAACAUUGAAACCUUUAAAGGUGUCUCAAAAGUAUGGAAUAAGUAGUUUCUGUUAAUGGUUGUUUCUUGAGGGCUGAAUGUUAGCUUUAUCUUCUCAUUGGAGGUAUAGUUUUAUUA